AUGCCACCAAGACCCCCACCACCCCGCUUAACACAUUUCCUCGCCAUACCCCUCGUGACACCAAUAUCCCGACCCCAACUCCAGCACUCUAUCUUACAGUUCAAGGAUAAAGUCACGCAGCCAAAUAUAGCUUCCUUAGCAGAUGGGAUUCCAGAGCAAGCUAUCAGACCUAUUGGGACCCUGCAUUUGACGCUUGGUGUGAUGAGUCUUACGACCCCAGAGAAGGUAGAAGGAGUGUUAAGCCUGUUGAAGUCCUUGGAGUUUGUGGGUGUGAAAGCCUCAAAUUCUCGAGCUCAAAAUGUUGGGGAUGAUGUAGAUCCAGUACCAAAUCCAAGUGGACAUUGGGAUUCUCAAUCUGGUGGGAAGGACAAGUCUAUUCCGUCAAACUCAGCCUCUCAAGAGAAAGGAAAAGGCAAAGGAGAUAAAGCAGAGAGGGAAGGGCGUCCACCACCCCUCUAUAUCACACUCCAAGGUCUUCAAAGUAUGCACGACCCCUCAAAGACUUCCGUUUUGUAUACCGCGCCUCUAGACCCCGAUUUACGCCUCUACCGGUUCUGUGUUAAGCUACGAGAAGUGUUUAAGGACUUUUUGGUGGGGGAGCAGAGGCCGCUGCUGUUGCAUGCUACGGUUGCCAACACAGUUUAUGUUAAAGGAAGAGGGACUGGACGUGGUAGAAGGGAUGGAGGGAGAGCUAGAGGUGGGAGGACUGCAGGAGAAGGAAGGGGGAAAGAGAGAUUGGUGCUAGAUGCACGGGAGUUGCUUGGGGAUUGGGAAGAUUUCGUCUGGAUGAAGGAUGUGAGGGUUGAGAAAGUUGCGGUGUUGAGGAUGGGUGCUAAGGUUGGGGAGAGUGGAGAGGAGGAAUAUGAGGUUGAAGGGGAGGUGGAUAUGCCGACUUGA